AUGAGUACGAUCCAGCUGUUAACAACAGAUCUACUUAAUUUAAGUUCUGAGUCUAAAAGAAAAAGUUCAGAGGUUAGGCAAAGUUGUGAUGUAGCGUUACUUAAGUUGAAAGAGCUUCCUGGCCUGGCCAAUGCCAAAGACUACUUGAGUGACAUCGAUAUGAAACAAAAAAUAGUUCAACCGUGCUUAAUAGCUUGUACCUCAGGUAAUGUUAAAUUAGCCACAAUAUCGAUACCGAUCCUUCAGAAGCUAAUUGUUACAGAACUAAUACCUGUGAGUAGUUUGGGUGAAUUAAUGGAGGCAUUGAAGGAAGCUACACACUUAGCUAUCGACAUUCAAUUGAAAAUUUUACAAUGCCUACCGGCUUUAAUGCAAAACUAUGAAUCUGAUAUGCGAGGGGAUCUUUUGAUUGAGUUAUUGGGAAUAUGCACCAGCUUAACUGCAAAUAAUAAGUCGACAGUUGUCAUAAAUACGGCAUCGGCAACUUUACAACAGCUUUUUGGAAAUAUUUAUGAUAAAUUGAAAACAUCGAAGGAGAAAAAAGGUAACAACGAAAUAAAGAUAGACAGUGAUGAAAUUGUGCUUGUUGAUGAUAAUUCACUAGAAGCCUUCAAUAUUUUUAAAGACCUCACGAGAUUGAUUGAAAACGACGAGGUACCAUAUUUUAAAAAUGAGAUUCACAUAAGGGUUCUGUCAGUGUUGGAAAUCAUUGAAAACAUAUUAAUAAUCCAUUACCAAAUAUUUCGUACCCAUCAGGAAUUGGCAUACUUGCUAAGGGUGAAAGUUGUCCCAGCGUUACUCAGAAUACUAUACUCUCCAGAUAAAAACUUUGCUUUAACAACAAGAGCUAUUAGAAUCAUUCAAGUUCUACUUUCUACUCAACUUGAAAAUUUAGAAAUAGAAAGUGAACUUAUUUUGUCAUUUUUAAACCACAUUUUAAUCGGUAAUGAAGCUAACGAGGAACAUUCUGAUCAGACAAACUGGGAGAAAAUGCUAGUCUUGGAAAUGUUUAAGAACAUCUUUGCGAACUUUGAUAUUGUUAAGUCUAUAUUUGAGAAAUUCGAUAGUAACCCGAGAAAGAAAAAUGUUGUUAAGGAAUUGUUAUCCAUAUUUUGUAACUAUAUACCCCGGAAUGCCCCUACCAUUAAUGAGAUUAUUGAAUUUCCUCCCCGAUUUAACCCUUCGCCGUCACAGGGUCAGCUGCUAACUCCUGUUGUGUUAUCGAAAUCCUCCUCUAUCAUGAAGAGUCCUUUACUAGAUCACUUGGAUAAAACGGAGGCACCGACUCUGUUUCCUAUAACAUAUCCAAUCUACUGCAUCUUUAACAUUCUAUUGGAAUAUGCAGAUGGUACGGCAAAAUUUGUUCAAGGUUUAUCAGGCGAUGCAAAUCCUGAAAACAUUGAAUCUGAAGUUGAGUUUAUCAACGUAUUUAUUGAAACAAGCUUCAAUGAAAUUUCUUCAAUAUACCACACUUUCCUUUACUUACAGAUGGAUAAUGACUGUUUCCAUUUGUUAAUAAGAUCUCUUCAAAAAUAUACCCAUACAACAGGAUUAUUAGGUGCUUCAUCGCUUAGAGAUGAUCUUUUAACGAUGUUAUCUGCGGCCAUUGUCAAGAACUCAAGAGACCAUGAUAACCGCCGCCCAAUCCUGAUGCCAAAUAACCAUUAUGCUGCUUCCUCAAUUCAAGAGCAAGGUAAACAAUUACUUGCAUUCGGCGAAUCAAUAGUAGAAUCAUUCAGUUCCAAUCGUCCCUCAACUUCAAGUGAGGGUCCAUCUUCUCAGUCAACCACCGAUUUGAUAUCUUAUUCUCGUUACUUCAAUUCGAGGCAGGUGACUUGCUUGAGAGCUCUUAUAAAUUUAGCGGUUUCUUUGGGUUCGACAUUACAAAAGUCAUGGCGUAUAAUCUGGUUGACACUUCAAUGGAGCGACUAUUAUAUCAAAGGUCCAGAUCAAUUUAGUUCGAGCAAGGUGUUCAAAGGUCUAACUGGUGACAUGCUACCAAGAAUAACAAGUCAAGACGAAUCCAACAUUCAGGUUUCAGAGAAAAAAUUCUUCGAAAGUGUUAAUAAGUAUCCCAAGAGACCCUUUCAAGAUUUAUUACAAUCUUUGAUAGAACUAUCUCAGGACCUGUUAGAGGAAUCUGAAAAUAGCCCUAACAACAAUAACCUCGAAAAUUUGGACGAGAAGUAUACUAGACUAUGUCCUUAUAACAAAGUAUUUUUUUUGACUAAAAUUCAGCAAAUAUGUGAUAUCAAUUUGCUUAAAUUUUUCAUUGAAUAUGAUGAACCAUGGUUCUUGAUUUCAGAUUACUUUAUAAGACUUGGUAACAAUAGGUCCAUUCAAUACAACUUAAGGAUUCAUAUUACUAAAACUUAUGCUCAACUUAUAAAUAACCUUGCUACGAUUGGCUUCGAAAAUUCUCUGGAAGAAAUUAAUGGCAAGACAUCUAAGAAAUCCUUAGCCGCAUUAAUUGGAUUCUUGAACAGGCAGCUGGAGAUUGGUGCCCCCGAUGAGUUACUAGUUCUAAACUGUGAAACUGAAAUUCAUCUUCUAAUUUUGGAUACCCUACAUGAUCUUGUCGAUAAGUACGACACUUUCUAUCAGAAUUCUUGGAAUAUUGUUUUUCAGAUUUUGAAUACGCCUUUUAGAGUAAAGUCGAAAGAUACGAAGGACAAUAACUUGAGUGAAAAAGUACGGUCACUUAUAGAAUCCUCAUUUGAUACCUUGAAGUUAAUUUUAGAUGAAUUUUUGGCUUCUAUUCCUGCUAACCAAUUAAAACUAUUGAUUGACACGCUUUUUAAUUUUUGCAAACAAACGUAUGACUUGAAUAUAUCAUUUAGCUCGAUUAGCUAUUUCUGGCUUUUUAGUGACUCCUUAAAGUUGAGGAUAAAUAAUACUGAAGAGAUUGCUGGAGAAUUGGCGACACUAAGAUCAGAAAAAGAUUUGACUCAAUUCAUAGAGAAAAAAGUUACGAAUGAAUCGAGAGCAUUUUACUUGGCGCUUGACACUUACUUGUUAUCUACUCUACUUAAGUUGUCUGAUGAUAAUAGAGCGCAAGUAAGAGAUGGCUCAAUUCAAACAUUUUUUCAAAUAAUUGAUGUCCAUGGAAAUAUUUUAACGCCACUUUGGGAUUUAAUUUACGAAGCUGUCUUACCCAGCUUAUUAAAUCUCAAUCUAGAGAUCAAUAGUCCUUCAUUUAUAAAAAAAGAAUGGAUUGAGAGCUUGAGUCUCAUUCUUUCGGGUCUUAUUUCAAUCUAUAGUAAGUUCAUGAUGGAUCUCACUGAUGAAACAUGUGAAAAAUGGGAUGGUCUCUUGAAAUAUUUUUCUAAAUUAUUAGAUUUGAAGUGGGUUGAUCUUAACUUAAAAAUAUUUAGAAGUUUUAAUGACUUGCUAAAGGCAUUCCAGCUUGAUCAUUCGAAUGAUUAUAGCGGGAAUAAAAGGAUCCAAGAGUUAUUAUUUAGGUUUUGGAAUACAGUUCCUGUGGAAUAUGACUUUACAAAUUCGUUAUAUCAGGAAUCAAUUACAGCAUUAAUACAAUGCUUCCCACCCUUGUACCUUAUAAUCAAGCGAAACAUAACCCAGAAGGAUAUUAAUAAGAUCAUUAGUAUUUUGAACAGAUGUGCAAGAUAUCCAGUGUUGCCAGGUAAUCAACUUGACAAUACUAAGCCUUCUAAGUUGCAGGCUGCUGUUUUGAAGGAUUUAAAGGUUAUAGAUGAUAAAGAUCCCCAAAUUCAAUCGCAAGUGGUACAACUUUUAAACAGUAUUGCUACAUAUCCAUUCGGUGUAAGAGAAAGAAUUGAACAGAAAUUAACUACAGUUUUACAAGAUAAGGUAAGAGUACCGAGCUUCAUCGCAGUCAGUCAUUUAUCUGUUAAGCUUCUCAGGUCGAAGCUAGCACUGAUAACCGAUUUCAAAGUGAUGAUUGAGGACAAGGCGAUCAAUAAAAUUUUAAAAUCACUUUUGGAAAUUAUUAAGUUGAAAGCAAUUGGAAUAGAGAAAGAGCCGAAACCCUUGUGGGUGGAAGCGACGGACGUACUUCGAUACUCAGUUUCUAAGCUCAUUGAUGAAAAUGUUUCAGAAAUUGACAGUGAUGAAUUGUGGACUCUAAUUUUGAGGGGUGUUACUAUUUGUUUUGAGUCUAAUAGUCCGACUUACGAAGCCAUCAACUUGGAGCAAUAUUCUGAGCUAAGUAGUGUUGUUCUACCAGCAAUUCUAGACGAUUCCCAGAAUAGAAAACGCUACAUCGAGGAGUUCAUCACGUCUCUAUAUUCGAAUUCGACCCUUUAUGAAUACGAUGUCUUAGAGCUGUCUCUACUUGAACAAAAUACGUCUCCAGAGAAUAUCACCCACGCAUUCACGUCUUACGACUUCAACUCGUUCUUUGGAUCUACACAGCCUCUCGUGACCUACUCGAACAAGAGCACAAGAAUCCUUUGUCUCAAAGAAUUAAUCAGAUAUUCCGUUCUGCCAUCAGACACAAUCCUCAAUACUUUCAGCCGAGCUUAUUUCAUUGCUAGAGCUUCAAUGGCACUUCGGAGGUAUAUUUGCGACCGUGCUCUCUUGUUUCGAUGCCCAGUCCCCAAAGUCCAACAUCAGGAGCUAUUGCUAAUCUUAGAUGGUCUAUUGAAGAUCCAAAACACAUCAACCGAAGAUAAGACCUUCAAGAAGUUACAGCCGCUCUUAACCAGGCUUAUUCCUUACGCCUCAAACUUUUCAAACCUCGAUCUACUUCUCGAACCCUUGAUAGAUGCCCUCUGUAGUGCAUAG